ACCGCUCCGGCAAGAGGCUCCCAACCACGGCCAACUUCCUUAGAUCAGAGGUAGUUUUAAGAAUUGCUGAAGGUCGUUUGCUCAUGGCUCCUUAAUGGAAAUGAAGACGCCGCUUGGCACGUUGCAGAUGACUCUGCUGCUUGUCCCCUGCCUGCAAGGUUAACGUUUUCCAGCUAGAUUGGCACCAGAUCCAUUCCCGGGCUUGCCUCCGCUCUUCCCUUGCACCCAUCCCGCUGCCUAGAGGUUAAUGUUGGGAAUAGGAUGAGGGGAAAAAAUCUGGUAGCUCUGUAGCGAAGAAACCACUUGUGUGAAAUGAAAGCCCUGUGACUGGGAGAAGUAAAAAUGGCAUCAACAGUCCACUUCUCAGAGGAAGAGAUGAUAGAGCUAAGGGAGGCUUUCAGCAAAGUUGAUAUCAGUGGGAACGGCUUCAUCCACACUAAUGACUUAACAGAUGUGUUGAAAGCAGCCAGUCUCCCUCUACCAGGAUAUAAAGUGAGAGAACUUAUUCAGAACUUGACAACCACAGGAGAUGGCAGAAUCAGUUUUGAUGAAUUUAUUUCAAUUUUCCAAAGCCUGAAGAGUGACGAUGUUGCGAAGUCGUUCCGAAAGCAAAUCAAUAAAAAGGAGGGGAUCUGUGCUAUUGGUGGGACCUCGGAGCAGUCCAGUGCUGGCACACAGCACUCGUAUUCGGAGGAAGAAAAGUACGCUUUCGUCAACUGGAUUAACAAAGCCCUUGAGAAGGACCCUGACUGUAAACAUGUGGUCCCAAUGAAUCCAGAAACAGAUGAUCUCUUCCAGGCUGUUGGUGAUGGCAUUGUGCUUUGUAAGAUGAUCAACUUUUCAGUGCCAGAUACCAUUGAUGAGAGAACAAUCAACAAAAAGAAACUCACUCCAUUCACAAUACAGGAAAAUCUGAACCUGGCCCUGAACUCUGCUUCAGCCAUUGGGUGCCAUGUUGUUAACAUUGGAGCUGAAGAUUUGAAAGAAGGGAAACCUUACCUGGUUUUGGGUCUUUUAUGGCAAGUCAUCAAAAUUGGACUCUUUGCUGAUAUAGAAAUCAGCAGGAAUGAAGCUUUGAUUGCUCUCCUGAGAGAAGGAGAGAGUCUGGAGGAUCUAAUGAAGUUGUCUCCAGAAGAACUGUUGCUGAGAUGGGCAAACUACCAUCUGGAGAAUGCAGGAUGCAACAAAGUCAACAACUUCAGCUCAGACAUCAAGCAGCCUGACUUCUACAGCAUUAUAAAGGACUCAAGAGCUUAUUACCAUUUGCUGAACCAAGUUGCCCCCAAGGGAGAUGAAGAAGGCAUUCCAGCUAUUACUAUUGACAUGUCAGGAUUAAGGGAGAAGGACGACGUGCAGCGCGCGGAGCGCAUGCUGCAGCAGGCCGAGCGCCUGGGCUGCCGGCAGUUCGUCACCGCCACCGACGUCGUGCGCGGCAACCCCAAGCUCAACUUGGCCUUCAUUGCCAACCUCUUCAACAAGUACCCUGCCCUGCACAAGCCAGACAACCAGGACAUUGACUGGGGCUCUAUCGAAGGUGAAACAAGGGAAGAAAGGACAUUCAGAAACUGGAUGAACUCCCUGGGUGUUAAUCCACGUGUAAAUCACUUAUAUAGUGACCUGUCAGAUGCCUUGGUUAUCUUCCAGCUCUAUGAAAAGAUCAAAGUGCCAGUGGACUGGAAUAGAGUGAACAAGCCACCAUAUGCUAAACUGGGUGGCAACAUGAAGAAGCUGGAAAACUGCAAUUAUGCAGUGGAACUGGGAAAGAAUGAAGCCAAGUUUUCCCUUGUUGGCAUUGCUGGGCAAGAUCUGAAUGAAGGAAACCGUACACUCACACUGGCCUUGAUCUGGCAGUUGAUGAGAAGGUACACACUGAAUAUCCUUGAAGACAUUGGUGGUGGAGAGAAGGUCAAUGAUGAAAUUAUUGUCAACUGGGUAAAUGAGACACUGACUGCAGCUGGGAAGAGUUCAACCAUUUCCAGUUUCAAGGAUGGCAAAAUCAGCACCAGCAUGCCUGUCCUGGAUCUCAUUGAUGCCAUUCAACCGGGAUCAAUCAAAUAUGACCUCUUGAAAACAGAGGACCUGAAUGAUGAGGAGAAACUUAAUAAUGCUAAGUAUGCCAUCUCCAUGGCAAGAAAAAUUGGAGCAAGAGUCUAUGCCCUUCCAGAAGAUCUGGUUGAAGUAAAACCCAAAAUGGUCAUGACUGUGUUUGCUUGCCUUAUGGGAAAAGGCAUGAAGAAAGUCUAAAGCACAAAGGACUUGUACCAGUGGCUGGUAUUGACCCUUUUGAUUCCCUCAAACUGGAUGCUUUUCUCUGUAUCAAGGAAAUAUGCAGGUUACUCAUGCUUUUUAGCAUGUUAGACAAGGUUCCAGGUCAUAUAAAUGUUGAUGUAUAUACCAAGGAAAUGUUUUGCUUGGAACAGUAAUAUGUGCUUAAUUUCUUUGCCCUGUUUUCCACUUUACUAGAUGUAACUAUUUCAUAUACCUGAGUAAGUUUUCAACAAGACCUACACAGUUAAUGGACACCAAAGUUAUCUGUCAAAGGUUACCUGGAAAUCUUCAUCUUGGAAGGUUACAGGCAGCUUUUAGAUUUAUGAAAUCUUAUAUACUGCUUCUGCCUGAAAAUGUGUCCAUGCUUCUGGUAGUAUUUCUGCCACACUUUCCUUCAGUUUGCACCUGGGAUUACAAAAGGGGUUUCCCCAAGCCAACACAAGUAUUAGUGACUAUAUUUUUGGAAUGGUAAAAAUUCUCUUAGGAAACCCUUAUGGAAAUAGAAAAGGUUUUGGGACCUGAUUUGUGUUGCUGGUAUGUGACCUGAGCAUCACCUUUCCCUGCAAGUUAUGCCUCUGCUGUCACUGGUGUUAUUCACAGAAUACCUUACUCCUCACUGAAAAAAAAAAAAAAACAAACACCUUUAACCUAGACCAAACACCAAACACCUAAACCAAACAAUUAUAACCUGGUCCUCCAAAAACACCCUAGCUCUAGAACCUUUGCAAGAAGUGGACUCUAAAGGAUAAUUCAUUUUUAUGUCAUAAUAGACUUAAGCAGACUGCAAAGCAUGUUUGAAAUGGACACCAUGUUAAGGAAACUAAGGGGAUAUACUCAGUUAGUAGCAAUAAAAUAGAGAUAAGAAGUGAGCCAAAGGGACACAGAGUAACAUAUUUAUGUGAUGAAUAAAAAUUAAGCUCAACUUUAGAGACUUGCAUUCAAAGGGCCAUGGCCCUGAUUCAGCAAAGCAUUUAAACAUGUGCUUCACAUAAUGGAACACAUACUUGGAUGUUGCACUGAACCUGGGCCGGGAUGCUGAGUUGAAUUAAUAUUGCUUUACAGGUGAUAAGGCUCUGUCGAUUUAGCUCUGUCAGGAGUCUAGCCCCUUUGUGAAUAGUCGGUGGGACAUAUUUGCACUGAAUCUCUUCU